UUACUUCUAAAUGGGUCGAAUUUAAAAGAACUCUUCGGGCGAUGGAGGGCGGGCGCGUGGCUUCAAGCAACAAAGUUGCUCGUGUUGCUCGGGGUGCUCUACUGCAAGCCUGCGCCGCCGGCCGCAAGAGCGGCGAGACUAGACCACGCCGAACCUGCUGCGUAGUCACCCACCCGCCGCGUCUAGGCUACCAGCCCACCACAGCCUACUCACGACUCCUCCCCCCGCUCAAGUCCUCCCUUCCCAGCCGCAGCCACCCGGGGGGUCGCCGCCAAGCUCCCCCUACUCCACGGCGGUGGGAUCCCAUAUGUCCACCGCCCGGAGCCCGUGCAGCCCGUGCCCGAGACACGAUUAGCACCGACGGUGGGUCCUUCACUGCUCUCGUGGCAGAGCACGGUACUGCGUGGCCGCACGGACAAGGUGCUCGACGAUUUGCCUGUUCUGGCUUCCAAGCUGAAGAAUGCGCCGGUGCAGCCAGGUUAUCCUGUCACCGACGCGUAAGCACCGGCCACCUAAAGGCAACCACGCAGCGUCAUGCUUCUGCACCGCAGGCUUCGGGCUGCCCGACUGGUUCAGGAACCCAAAGAAGGACGUCGCCUCUAUCGAUGACGACAACGACACCGACGACUUUGUGCUCCCGAUCACCUACGCUUCCGUGGAGGAACGUAGUCACGGAGGCAGCUCGAGACCGCUGUCGAUCCUCCCCGGCUGCUCGACCCCCGCCUCCCACGAGGACGCCGAGUUCGAGGCUGACGUCGACGAGGUGAGCAGGAUCCUGAGCUCUCGCUUUGCGUCUCCGGAGGCCAUUGUGAUAGCCAUGGACUGCUGCCCCGUCAGGGUGUCAGGCCGCAUGGUCGACAAGAUUCUGAGGAGGUUUGGCAGCGACUGGGUGGCGGCCUUCGGGUUCUUCAUGUGGGCAGGCGCUCAGGAAGGGUACUGCCACGCUGCUGAUUCGUACGACCUGAUGGUUGACGUACUGGGGAAGUUCAAACAGUUUGAUUUGAUGUGGGGCUUGGUCAGUCAGAUGGACGAGACUGGGGGUUUGGUGUCGUUGGCAACCAUGACAAAGGUGAUGAGGAGGCUUGCUGGGGCUAGCCGGUGGACCGAGGCCAUAGAAGCUUUCAAUAAGAUGGACCGGUUUGGUGUUGUGAAGGACACCAAGGCCAUGAAUGUGCUCCUGGACACUUUGUGCAAGGAGAGGAGCGUGAAGCGUGCAAGAGGCGUGUUCCAAGAGCUGAGGGGCACGGUACCUCCCGACGAGGGUAGCUUCAACACGAUGGUCCAUGGGUGGUGCAAGGCACGGAUGCUGAACGAAGCUCGUGAUGCGAUGAAGGAGAUGGAGGAGCAUGGCUUCAGUCCUUCGGUCAUAACAUACACCAGCCUAAUAGAAGCAUACUGCAUGGAGAAAGAUUUUCAGACUGUUUACGCCAUCUUAAACACGAUGCGCACCAGUGGAUGCCCUCCAAAUGUUAUCACAUACACGAUUGUGAUGCACGCACUAGGGAAGGCCGGAAGAACGCAAGAAGCUUUGGAUGUAUUUGACAAGGUGAAGAGGGAUGGCUGUGCCCCAGAUGCUUCCUUCUACAACUCUCUCAUUUAUAUACUCGGCAGAGCAGGGAGACUGGAGGAUGCAAACUCUAUGGUUGAUGAGAUGUGCAGAACUGGGGUUCCCCCCAACGUCGCUACCUUCAACACCUUGAUUUCUGCUGCCUGUGACCACUCUCAGGCAGAGAAUGCCCUGAAGCUGCUGGUUAAGAUGGAGGUUCAUUCAUGCAAGCCUGACAUAAAGACAUACACCCCAUUGCUGAAGCUGUGCUGUAAAAAACAAUGGAUGAAGAUACUUCUGUUCCUGGUAUGCCACAUGUUCAAAAAGGACAUCACCCCUGAUUUCAGCACUUAUACCUUGUUGGUAAGUUGGCUAUGCCGAAACGGGAAGCCUGCUCAGUCUUGCCUGUUUCUGGAGGAGAUGGUGCUGAAGGGAUUUACGCCGAAGCAAGAAACAUUUGAUCUUGUGAUGGAGAAGCUUGAUAAGGGGAAUCUGCAUUCAGCAAAGAAAAAGGUUCAACUUCUUAUUGUGCAGGCAGCUGCUGCGAAGCACACUGGUUCCUCUUAUUUGAGCAAGGAUGCUGCUGCUGCUGCACAAAAUUGAUUCUGUACUGUCAAAACACUUGUGGUCAUGAAUCUUAGAACAAAUGGAAACGAACCGUUCAUGAAACACAGUUGUCAUUAUCCUGCUAUUGAGCGGCCCUGGUGGCGGUGAGCAUGCUGAACCUUUCUUUUCGCUCAGUGCCGGAGCAGGACUGCUUGCCGCUGCCCUUAAUGUGCAGGCAAAAUCUGCAUAUGAGACGCUCUUCUCAGGGACAGUCGAGCUGCCCCUCUGUGAGGCAGAGCUGGGAUUGCUGUGCGCUGUUGAAGUGCAAAAUCUUCUCUUGACUCGUCGGGGCAGAUCGAUGUUUGGUUGUUGGAUGGCGGGCAGGUUGGCACGGGCUGCAGCACCUAACGCCAUGCUCCUCUGUCUGUGAUGCCUCCAUGGAAUCAAUAUCACAUGUUAACUGAAUGUGUGUUCGCCCGCCAAGUUUGGUUUCUGGAUCUGACGAGAUGACUCUUCCGCAGGUGGCUGGACACAGUGGCAGAGCGCAUGGGCGCCAACGCAAAGAGGCUUCACUCACUGACUCACUCAUCACCCUCACCAUCUGGCGGCACCACAAUUCUUGCGUGUUUGAUUGGGAGCUCCAGAUUGCCAGGGCCUCACAUUGACAUUUCUGCUGGAGGCAGUGCAAUGGAAAUUGACAGGGGCCAAUGUCCCAAGGAGAGUGCCUCAACAUGCAAGACCCCCAUGUUGACCUUUUCUUUUGGCAGUAUAUGGCAAAAUCUCUUUUGGUUCUUUUGUUUGCCUUUGUUUUAUAUAUUAACUCAGGUUUUCGUUUCACGCUUGUUAA